AUGAGUUUGAAAUUUUUUGCUUGGAAUGUGCAAGGUUGUGGCAAUCCCAGAUUUCUCCUUGCAGCUAGACAUUUCUUACGUGAGAACAAACCUGAUCAUGUUGGUAUUCUAGAGCAACGCGUUAGUGGUUUGAGAGCAGACUCCAUUAUCGCAGCCCUUGGUUUUCACCGUUCUCAUCGGGUUAAAGCUAUUGGCAAUUCAGGGGGCAUUUGGUUGUGUUGGAAUUCUUCUGUUGAGAUCACCAUUCUAUAUAGCCAUUUCCAAUUCAUACAUUGCCAAGUCUCCUUCCCGAACAGCUCCUUCUUUCUUGCCUCUAUUGUUUAUGGAACCCCGAAGGCAGCCAAACGGCGAUCUCUAUGGUCUGGCCUUCGCUACAUUACUCGUAAUAUUACCUCCUCCUGGAUAAUCUUGGGAGAUUUUAACGCCACUUUAUCCUCCUCUGAUCGCAUGGGUUGCGCCUCUUUGAAGCAUAACAAAGAUUUCCAAGAUUUCUUAUGGGAUUUGUCUCUUCGUGAUAAGGGGUUUCAUGGCCCCAAUUACACCUGGUCUCGAAGUACUGCUCAAGUUCGGCUUGACUGUUGUCUUUGUAACAGCUAUUGGGACGAAUGUUUCCCUAAAUCUUCCAUCUUGCACCUCCUCCGUAUGCGCUCUGACCACCGGCCUAUUUUCUUACAAGUUGAAGGUACUGAGAAAAAUCUUUCAAAAGCUCAUUUACGGAAUUUCUCAGGCUGGCUUAGUCACGAUGAUUUUACCCGUAUGGUGUGUGACAACUGGACUCCAGGACCUUCUCUUUCUGAGAUCAUCCGUUCCUUCACCAUGGCUGCUGAUGUUUGGAACACUACUUUGGUUACAUCGGAACUAAGAAACAUAUCGUGA